GGUGGCUCGGCGGUCUCUGCCUGCCCUCUCCCGCUAAUCCCAGGUGGUUGGGCUGCACGGAGGGCGGGGACGUCCGCCGAGCACGCGAGCGAACCAAGAUGCCGAUCAACAAAUCAGAGAAGCCAGAGAGCUGCGACAACGUGAAGGUGGUUGUUAGGUGCCGGCCCCUCAAUGAGAGAGAGAAGUCGAUGUGCUACAGGCAGGCUGUCAGUGUGGAUGAGAUGAGGGGCACGAUCACUGUCCAUAAGACCGAUUCCUUCAAUGAGCCGCCAAAGACAUUUACGUUUGAUACGGUUUUUGGUUCAGAGAGUAAACAGCUUGAUGUUUAUAAUUUAACGGCAAGGCCAAUUAUUGAUUCCGUUCUUGAAGGCUACAAUGGAACGAUUUUUGCAUAUGGACAAACGGGAACAGGCAAAACCUUCACCAUGGAAGGUGUUCGAGCUGUUCCUGAACUCAGAGGAAUCAUUCCAAACUCAUUCGCUCACAUAUUUGGUCAUAUUGCAAAAGCAGAAGGCGAUACAAGAUUUCUGGUUCGAGUAUCUUAUUUGGAAAUAUAUAAUGAAGAAGUUCGUGACCUUUUGGGCAAGGAUCAAACACAGAGGUUAGAGGUUAAAGAAAGACCUGAUGUGGGAGUUUAUAUUAAAGAUUUGUCAGCUUACGUGGUAAAUAAUGCCGAUGAUAUGGACAGGAUUAUGACAUUAGGCCACAAGAAUCGUUCUGUUGGUGCAACUAAUAUGAAUGAGCAUAGUUCCCGUUCCCAUGCCAUCUUUACAAUUACUAUAGAGUGCAGUGAAAAGGGCGUUGAUGGUAAUAUGCAUGUCAGGAUGGGAAAGCUUCAUCUUGUAGAUCUUGCGGGUUCAGAAAGACAAGCAAAAACUGGAGCUACUGGGCAGCGACUAAAGGAAGCCACAAAAAUCAAUCUUUCCCUGUCCACCCUCGGAAACGUCAUCUCUGCGCUAGUCGAUGGAAAGAGCACCCACGUGCCGUAUCGUAACUCUAAGUUGACUCGCCUCCUUCAAGACUCUUUAGGAGGAAACUCAAAAACCAUGAUGUGUGCAAAUAUUGGGCCAGCAGAUUACAAUUAUGAUGAAACUAUCAGUACGUUACGCUAUGCCAACCGUGCUAAAAAUAUCAAAAAUAAAGCUAGAAUUAAUGAAGAUCCAAAGGAUGCUUUACUUCGUCAAUUUCAGAAAGAAAUAGAAGAACUGAAAAAAAAACUUGAAGAAGGGGAAGAAAUAUCAGGAUCUGAUAUCAGUGGGUCAGAGGAGGAGGAGGAUGACGAGGGUGAAGUCGGAGAGGAUGGAGAGAAGAGGAAAAAAAGAAGGGGCAGUAGCAGCAGCAGUAGUGCAGACUCCACAUGCUCUGUGAUAGAGAAACCUCUGGAUAAGUUCUUGCCUCAUCAAGCAGGUAAAAAGAAGGUUUCUCCAGAUAAGAUGGUUGAAAUGCAAGCAAAAAUUGAAGAGGAGAGGAAAGCACUUGAAACAAAGCUCGACAUGGAGGAAGAAGAACGGAACAAGGCUAGAGCGGAGCUGGAGAAACGAGAAAAGGAUCUUCUUAAGGCGCAGCAAGAGCAUCAGUCUUUGCUGGAAAAGCUAUCUGCACUGGAGAAGAAGGUGAUUGUUGGUGGUGUUGAUUUGCUGGCGAAAGCCGAGGAACAAGAGAAACUUCUUGAAGAAUCUAACAUGGAGCUAGAAGAAAGGCGGAAAAGAGCAGAACAGCUCCGCAGAGAGCUUGAGGAAAAAGAGCAAGAACGCUUGGAUAUUGAAGAAAAAUAUACCAGCUUGCAAGAGGAAGCUCAGGGAAAGACCAAGAAGUUAAAGAAAGUCUGGACUAUGCUGAUGGCCGCAAAAUCUGAGAUGGCGGAUCUCCAGCAAGAACAUCAGAGGGAAAUAGAAGGUUUACUGGAGAACAUCCGACAGCUUAGUCGGGAGCUUCGACUUCAGAUGCUUAUCAUCGAUAACUUUAUACCUCAGGAUUACCAGGAAAUGAUUGAAAAUUAUGUCCAUUGGAAUGAAGACAUAGGAGAAUGGCAGCUAAAAUGUGUUGCUUAUACAGGAAAUAACAUGAGGAAACAGACCCCUGUACCUGACAAAAAGGAGAAAGAUCCCUUCGAGGUGGACCUUUCCCAUGUGUAUCUCGCCUACACAGAGGAGAGUCUGCGGCAGUCCCUGAUGAAGUUAGAAAGGCCACGGACUUCAAAGGGGAAAGGAAGGCCCAAGACCGGGAGACGAAAGCGGUCCACCAAGCCUGACGCUGUGAUCGACUCUCUACUGCAGUGAACGUGACCGCUCUUGAGUCACAGUCAAAUGACUGCUCUUCUAGCGCCUGGACAAACGAACUGAAAAUGCCUGUGUCGUUUUGAAUCACGGAAGCUGUCAAUUGUGGACUAUGACUGGAAAUCAAUUUGCCUAAUGCCUUUUAGCCUAUAUAUAUUAAGGUAAUAUAACAUGUUAACAUUGUGCAAGUAGCGAUUGUUCAAAUUGUCAUGCUUACUCUUCAGUUUGAAGUUGGGGAGCAGCUCACAUUCCCUUUGGGGAGCUGCCUUUAGAUGGAUGCGUAAGCCUGCGAGCCCUUUACCCAACUGGAGCGAGAGACCCGGACACAAACGAGGUGUGUCCCGGUUUGCACAUGUGAAUUAGCAGAUCAGACUGUCCUGUGUUGCACUGUUAUGUUUAUGUGGGCAGCACAUCUAAGAAAUGACUCUCAACCACUUAUCCCACCCUACUACUAACCUGCCCAGCCUACUGAAAUCGUCCUAAUUUUUAUACUGCCAUUCAGUGCAUUUUACGUAUGAGAUGAUUGAUCUUAGAGCUCUUCUGUAGAAAAACUUGUCAUCUGACAGUCAAUUUCCAGAAGUGUCUACAUGUUAUCAAAAAAAGAUAGAAAAACACUUCUUAUCGGAAUCUCUUCUGACCUUUUGGGGGCCACUUUUGAGUUAAAACCAGCUGGGCUGUUUAAAUUAUGAUUUCAUGUUGCCUUGAAACAUUGAAUUGUAGCUGGGGAGUCAUCGCUGCAGGAAACUUAAAGAGCUAAACACUGGUUGCUUGUGAGAUUUGCCUGCUUGUGGGGUUUUCUUGCUUGUUUGUUUAAUUCUCUUGAACUAUGCCACUUGAGCAUCUUCCUGUCUCGGUUGUAAAUGGCGAUGGGAGUUGCUGAGUAUCUUGGAAUCGAGAAAGACCUCUGUUUGUCAGAAAAUGCAACUAAAAAAGACACUUUGCUUUAUUUAUAAACAAAAAAAUC